AUGACCACAGAGUCCGAUUCCGUCGAGAUGUAUGGUGAAAACGGUUCGAAUACGACGACCGCUGGUGCCGCUACUGCUGCUGUUAAUGGCAGUAUCGAUACUGAUGAUUCAAAAAAAGGACAAAUGACCAAUGGUAUGACUAAGGAUUCGAAGAUAGGUGCGGCGACAACGGGCACCAAAAAUUUGGCUUCACAACCACCUCCGGCAAUCCCACAUGUGGAGAUCAACCAGGUGUCAUUUUCUUUGGUUAUGAGAAAUUUGACUGUAUUUACCAUUAAGGAGGUUUCACAGUUUAUGAAGACUAACGUUCAUGUUAAUCCAACUGAACCAUCUACAACGAAGAAAUUACAGUUUUUGCAUAUGAUUAUCUUUCUAAGAAAUCAAUAUUUGAAAAUUUACGUUUUAGUUAAAUGGUGCCGAACCAUUAAGAAUAACAAUUUUCAUAUGAUGAUAGACCUUUUGAAUUGGUUUAGAAUUACCAAUGCGGUUGUUAAUAAUUGCAUAUGGGCAAUAAAGGCAAGUUUAGUUGGGAUGGCAAAUGCCAAAUUACCGAAUGUUGAUUUAGUAACGGCUUUGGAGGUUUUAAGUUUGGGUAGACCAAAUUUACCAACACAUCAAUUUAAAUUAAGUGGUGAAGGCGAUGAUCUAUACCAAUUAUCAGGUGGUAUGAUAAAAGUACCACCAAAAGUUGUUUUACAGAAGUUAAAGGAUAUGAAUCUUAGCAUAUCUAUUAAAAUUGCACUAAUGGAUGUACCGGAUGCAUUCCGUAAUUACAGUUUUAAGAAUGGUCGAAUAUACAUUUUUGUUCCUGACGAAUAUGAAAUCCAGCUGGCAACUACUGAUUAUCGUGCAUCAUUGUUCUUUGUGGAUAUGAAUUUCUCAUUCUGCAAACAAACGUUACCUUUGGAUAAAUUAAAAUUGGAAAAAGUGAUCAAUGAAAUUUUGUUCAAAAGUGUUAAACCACUAGUGGCAUUACACAAGUUCCUACGUAAAUAUGUGCUGACUUUGAAACUUUAUAUGAUUUACCUCGAACUUGUGGCAUUAGAAGAAAGUGGUAAAUUCUCGGGCGGUCAUUUGGUGCACAGAUAUGAUUCAAAAAGAAGCAUUAUUUCCAUCAGGUACUGGUUACAUAGUAAGAUGGGGAAAAAGAGUAAAAUUACCAUUGGUGUGGAUCGUCGUACUGAAAAUUUAAUUCUAAAAUGGGAUAACGAGUUAGCAUUACAAUCAAAGAGAAUGCCAGUGGUUUAUACCAACAUUUUAGACAAUUUGGAAUCGAUCUUAGAUGAAAUUAUGUUUAACCACUCUCACAUUAUUAGGGCGAAUCUUUUAUCUAAAGGAGUGUUUUUCGAAGAUGAAGAAAACUUAGACGUUUUACUUUUCCAAAUCCCCACGACAUGCAUUUCCAUGGCACCAGUUCAACUAAAGAUCGAUUUAAUCAGUGGGGUGUUCUAUUUCAAGAAUCCAACACCACUAUUGUUGAGUUACGUGUCCCAAAUCAAUAGAGCUGAAAAUGCAGAUGAGCUGAUUAGCGUUUUACAAAGGUUGAAAAGAGACAAGAUUUCACAAGUUUUACGUAACAUGUUUGAGAAAACUGGUUGGGUCUGUAGUAAAGUUAUCAAAUUGGAUCACCCAAUAGCGACUCAAGUCAAUACUGCAGAAUCUUCAAAUAACAAUGGGCCCCUGUCUUCCCCCACCAGCCUUUUGCAGGACGAUUUGUUCAUAAGGUUACCCAAUUGGCCUGCAAAUUGGUAUUUAAUCUUAACUGUGGUUUCAUCGAAUGCAUCAUGCGUGGUGGAAAAACGUAUUGGUAAAAUUGUUUCUAUCAAGGGCCAUUGGAAACUAUCAUAUUUGGGGAACUCUAACGUUACAUCUGCCAAAUUGGAAUCCAUGACUUAUCAAAAAGUUCUCUAUUUGCAAAAGACCAUUUUACACAGGAUUGUUAACCACAUGAUCAUAGACUCUUUGAAUCAAUUGAAAAUCUCUAAUAAAAUUAGUACAGGUGACAUGCUGUCUUCACUACCGGAUUACGUGGUUCAUGGUGCACACCAGGAUAAGGCAAAUGAUGAUAACGAUACUAAUCAUGAAAAUGAUUACACUUCAAUCAUCAUCUUAGAGUUAGAAUCAUUUUUGGAAGGUUCCAAGGCAUUAAACAACAUUCUUGAAAGUUCAAUGUUUAUGCACAUCGAUUAUUACAAUUCAGAAAUCAGUUUGUUUGGUAAAUUCAAAAGAGACACUACCAUGAUUAAAUGUAAAUGUGAUGAACUAUUGAUUCAUUUCGUUCCUGGUGAAUCAUUGGCCUUUUACCUGAGUGAAAAAUUCACCAACUUAAACAUGAUUGUUGAUUAUUUGAUCAAAUUCCGUCAGAAAUUAAUGCAAUUGGUAAUUUUAACGGAUGUAGUGGAAAGAUUACACAAGAAUUUUGCCUCCGAUGAUUUUAAAAUCGUUGCCCUCAAGCCCAAUGAGAUUUCUUUCAAAUAUUUGAAAAAUAAUACGGAUUCUCAAGACUGUACCAUUAGCAUUGUCUCUAACGAACAAAUGGUGGAAAACUUAACGGUUCAACUAUCGCCUUCUAAUCCUCAGCAUAUAAUCCAACCGUUCAUUGAUAAUGGACACAUGGAUUACCAUUUCAUUUUCAAUUAUUUACAAUUCACAUCUUCUCUUUUCACCGUUUUGGAGAACAUUAUCAAACAACAGACAAACUCAGGAUCUUAUACAAUGGUUUCCCUAGGUCUACACAACGUAUGUGAGUACCAAUUGGUCUACCAUAACCCAGAGGCAGGUACUAAAAUUACACUAAUAAUUGAAUUGAAAAACGUCUCUCACAAUGGUGCAAAGAAAGUUCAAUUUUACAUUCAUUUUUCAGAUGAGGAACACAUCUCUACAAAAUCAAUGGCGUAUCCCCUAGUUCACCAAGUGCGUAACCAAGUGUUUAUGCUGGAUCCUAAGGACUCGCCAACGAAUUCCAAUAAGAACAAGAAGUAUCAAGGUGCCGUGAGAUUGGUGGAUGGUAUCUCGUGUGAUCCUACGAAUAUCGAGCCUAUUCUUCUUGAGAUUCAUGAAAUUUUGAGAAUGGAUAGUAACGUCCAAGUGAACAACCCCUCACCAUCGUCAAAUGGAAUCCAACAGCAAACUUCAUCAGCCGCUAAAAUUCCAACAGCUUCUUAA